CCGGUGGUGUUGGCCACUUGGAAACACACUUUCCAGGGCGGCUGCGCCUCCCAGAGCGCACUCCUGGCCGAGUCGCGUGUCGUCCAGGAGUCGCUUCGUAUACCGGGAACCGAUCUGAAUCUUGUUUACCAUUCCUCGCGAGUGAACGGCUAUUUGUCUACUAUUGAACUCCAACUGACACCCGAUAAGAUACCCCAAGCGCUCCGAUUGGUUCACCUGAAGAUCGCCAUCGAGGGUAUACUCUUCGAGAAGACCUUCGAAGCGGAUCCCACCAUAAUGUUUACCUACGCGUGGAAUCGGCGCAACAUUUACCGCCAAAAAGUCUUCGGUUUGGCCACCGCUAUGGUUCACGUGGGCUAUCAGUACACCGGUUGCGCUGCGACCGUAUGGGACGUCCAGACGGUACAGUUGGCCGGACACGAUAUGGCCAUCUCGGAGAUCGGCGGCUGGAAUCUGGACAUUCAUCACCGGUACAACUUUCACGAGGGUAUUCUCCAGAAGGGCGACGGAACCAAUGUCUACCUGAAGCAAAAGUCCAAAGUGAUGUUGACCACGAUGGGCGACGGCCAACAGCGCCCCCUUCACUGUCCCUAUUGUAAUGGUGUGGCCAGAGAUCAACGCCUGUUGGCACCCGUGGCACUCGCCUCCGCCCCCGAUGGCAGCGUAUAUGUCGGCGACUUUAAUCUGGUCCGACGUAUUAAGACCGACGGAUCAGUGCAAACGGUGGUCGAGUUGAGCGAGUCCUCCGUGGCCUAUAAGUAUCACUUGGCUGUCGGUCCCAUCGACGGUAAGCUCUACUUCUCGGACCCGGAAAAGCAUCAGAUCCUGCGGGCGAUCAGUUUGGAUCAGAUACCCGAUCCGCGCAACAAUCUGGAGAUAGUGGUGGGCACUGGUGUCAAGUGUUUGCCCGGCGAUCGCUCGGCCUGUGGCGACGGCCGACUGGCCCGAGACGCCCGCCUGUCGUACCCCAAAGGUCUGGCCAUAUCAUCCGCGGCAGAGAUCUUUGUGUCCGACGGCACAAACAUCCGAUACGUGGACGCGUCCGGUGUUAUUCAUACACUGAUCGGCGAUCACUACCACAAGAGUCACUGGAAACCGCUUCCCUGUUCCGGAUCUAUACCGCUGCAGAAGGUGGCCCUCCGGUGGCCGACCCAACUGUCCAUUUCGCCCAUUGAUAACUCGCUGCAUAUACUCGACGAUCAUAUGGUCCUGAAGUUGACACAAGACCGGCGGCUGCGAGUGAUCGCCGGCCGGCCCUCCCAUUGCUCGUCAGUCAUCACCGGAACGCCCGAAGAAGUGCCAAACGCCGAGACCGGCGAGGCUUUAGCUUCACAAGUAUUCCUCGAAACGCCCCAAUCGAUAGCCUUCGGACCGAAUGGCGACCUCUAUAUCGCCGAAAGCGACUCCCAGACCGUGAAUCGGGUCCGUGUGGUCACCGCCAACGAUAACAAGAUCCGUAGGUUCGCCGGCGCCGACCUCAAGUGCUCGUGUAUGGACGUACAGUGCGAGUGCUAUUCGCCGGACCUGUUGGCCAUCAACGCCAAACUGUCCACCGUAUCGGCCAUAACAGUCACACCCGACGGACGCCUACACGUCUGCGACCAGGAAAACCUCCGCAUACGGACAGUGGUGUCGCCACUGCCCGACCAAAACCCCACGAACGGCGAGUACGAGAUUGUCAGUCCCCUCUCCACCGAGAUCUACCUCUUCAACAGACACGGCCAACACGUGUCCACCCGAUCGGUAAUGACCGGCCAUACGGUGUAUACGUUUAGCUAUAAUGUCAAUACACUGAACGGGAAGCUGUCGUCGGUGACCGACUCGGCCGGCAAUAAGCUGUAUAUACUUCGGGAUUACAGUAAUCAAGUGAAGAGUAUUGAAAACUCCCAGGGUGGAAAGUGUAGAUUACAAAUGUCCCGGCUGGGUAUGCUCAGCACGUUCACCACGCCCGACAACUUUGUGACCAAGUUGACUUAUUAUGGAAAUACUGACGCCCUGUUGGCCACCCGUACCGACUCGUGGACCCGUUCGGUGGCCUAUCAGUACGACCAAUACGGCCGACUCGUGAGGGCAGUGCUUCCCGACGGCGAUAUCAUUGAAAUGCAGUAUAAGCUGAACACCGACGGCGCCCGAGUGGCCAUCGAUCGCAACGGCAAAGAGUUGAUGAAACUGGCGAUUGUGGGCCAAGAGGUGAGCAGUGUGUCCACCACUGGCGAUGAGGAUCAGCCCCUCGUGUUGACAAAGAUUGCGGCCAAAGACUCAAAGUUUACCAUCAAGUCGGCCGACACUAGUGUCACAGAGAUCGAGUCCCAGGUGUCGCCUGUGAUCAGCGAUAUGUGGCCCAAAAUGGCCGAGACUUGGCCUCUGCCCACACGUAUGCGAGUGAUAGCCAACGACGAGAUCAGUACAAGACUCGAGUGGAAACACUACGUCCGCCGCAGCGCCGGCUCUAAAGGCCAGUCGACUGAUACGAAACGCAUACAAACUGUUGGCCGCAAACUCAAAGUGAAUGGCGAUCCUGUGCUGGCCGUGGAGUACGAUCGCGACGCCCAACAGGAGCUACUUCUGGACCAAACCAUGAAACCCAUUGUCACCGUUAGCUACGACCCGGUGGGUCGACCCCUGCGGUGGACCUCC